AAAAGACUCCCAAUACGCAUAGAAAAGAUGUUCUAUAAAAGACAAACAUGAUAGCGGCAACGUGUCGGCCCUCCUUUGACUUUCUUGUUACGUCAACACGACCUUGAAGUGACGUUUGAUUGACGCCACGACGGCAAAUACGCCUAUAAAGCUCGGAAGAAGAACACUCGAGUUCCAGACUUCACGCCGAACGGGUUGGAAGAACAACACUUUGGGUCCAGACUUCACAUUGGAAGACGAACACUUCUGAGUCCAGACUUGACGCCGAUCAACAUCCUUUUGCCAACAUGAUGCUGCUUUCCUUCAUGCUUCUGCUCCUGCAAAUGUUCUGGAGUGCCGGCAAGAAAAGACUUGGUUUCCAGCUUCUGGUCCUGGGAUUCUUCUGCUUGGCCGUGGUCCAGGGUGCAGGUACACCGCUGUCCUGCCUCGAGUGUCCUGUGGGCCCCUUGACGGCCGUCUGUGACUUCAGCAAAUGUUCGUCAGAUAGCUCUACCCAUAGCUGCUACAUCAGUCUUGGAGCGACUUCUGGCAACGACCUUAUCAAAAGAGGCUGCAUCGAAAAGGAAAAAUGUACCAAAAUAGAAGAUGUGAGCCACGACAACCAAAAUGUCCCCAUGAUGACAAUGUGCUGUGAUACGGACAAUUGCAACAAUGUGGGUUUGUUCAAAGUUGACACCAAAUGCGCUGCUUAAGCUCUUAACCCCCCCACCACGCAGGCCUGCUGUUGACCCCCUGCCGCCAACACGGCUGUGUUGGCACUGAUGUACCACCCCCACCCUACCCCGCCCUGCAGGCCUGCUUUUGAAACCCCACUGCCAUCACGGCUGUGUUGGCACUGAAGAAACCCCAUCCCCCCACCCCCUUCCCCACCCACCCCGCUGGCCUGAUUGACGCCCCUGGGUCUACGUGCUGAUGUAACGCCUCCAGUACGUCGCAUGUGUACUGAGUUUUUCAGCAGGUUAACAUGUUCCACUACCAAAUGUUUGAUGGUUCAGUUGUUCGAGCUCGUGCGUACAUUCGUCCCUCGCCACGUUGCUCUUUGAUUUUUGCGGCAUUUAGAAAAUGUGAAUAAUGCUGUUUCAUGGUUGAAUACAGACUAUUAGUCAAAAAUAGGCAUAUUGAAUAUUAUUUUUGGCCUAAAUGAAGUAAAAUAAAAGGACUCAAAAGGCGUGAUGAUAUUUACUAUAUUGAGUUUACUAUGUUGAGUAAUAUGUCGACUAUAUUGGGUAACAUGUCUACUAUUUUGGAAUCCUACUUUCUGGAAAUUGACUUGUCACGGUCGGGUAUGGAGCUGACCGUUAAUUAACCCCCAUAAACGAGGAAUUGCUAUCUUCGGUUUAUUCGUUGUCGAUGUGCAUAUUUCUGCUAAUACCCAUUUUAAUGACUUGCUUAGAUGAUAGGAUUGAAAUGCCAGGGUUAGAGACCUUUUGCCUCAGGACAAAUUCCUACUUUGGUCCAUGUCACCGGGCUCUGAUGUCUUUGCAUGUGCUUGACAGUCUCUGUCCCUCACAGGAGGGGACCACCCUUCACCUUGCGUAUGUUGUUUGCUAUAUCAGCUAGCAUUUCAGCAUGAAUGGUCAGACAUUUCUCCUUCAGCUUGUAUUGAUUUGUCUCCUUGCAUGCAAGUUCAAUAA